GUGCAAUUUUGGAAAGUUUCGAAAAAAAUAAUACAAAGACUUUAAUAAAAAAUCUACAACUGGAUUUAAAAGAUAUAAACUCUAUGGAAACCAUAAACAAAAUGUCAUCAACAGCAACAUCAGUCUUUUCGACAGCAUUAGCAUUAACAGCAACAACAGAAACACCAGCUAAAGCAAUAUUGCUAUCAUCAUUAACAAAAACAACAACGACAGCAGCUACAAUACAGACAACAACAACUAAAUCGAUAAAAUUGUUGUCAUCUGAACAGAAAACAAAAAAAGACACAAGCCAACAACAACAAAAAGAAAGCAACCAAUAUAAACGACCAAAAAAGACGAAAAGAAACCUGAAGGUAACAACAGGCAGCAAUCAUGAAAUAUUAAAGAGCAAUAUGACAACAACAGCAACAUCACCGACUGCAACACUAAUAGAUGAACAACGAAAACAAGAGCAACAAACUAAAUUAUUUGCAAUAUCAGCAACAGAUUUUCCAAAAAACAAAAAUGAUUAUGUUUUACCAACCAUACAACACGACAGCAUAAAUACACUAAGAAAUGAUGACAAGACUGGGGCCCUACAAGAAAAUGCUUUGAAAUUGCAACAAGCUGGGAAUAUAACAAAGAAAAAUAUUCAGAAUUCGUUGGUCAUGAAUCCUUUUGAAAAAUUUUACAAGGAUCAAAAUGCAUUAGGCCAACCAACAAUAACAAAUAUUAGCAGCAUAAGUGAACUUUACAUCGAUGACCCUGAUAUUUAUGAGGACAAUAGGGACAGUAUGCUACAUCGAAAUAAUUAUGAUGAUAUUGGUCAGAAAACAAAUACUCUAAAUACAGCAACUAUAACAAUUAAUAGUUUUAACAAGAGUAAUCAAGCAACAGCAAUAUUAGCAAUAACAACAACGACUACAACGACUGGAAAACCAUCAACAUUAGCAACAAAACAAAACCACAUGUAUGACAACAAUAGUGCAUUAUCCUAUUUACCAUACCAAAGUGCUGCUUUAAAGGCGUCCGCUCCUAACAUGAAAACAUUGAACAGCAAUCUAAAUAUGUACCCUGGCAGUGGUAGUAGUAUUAGUCGUAGUAGCUUUGGUGGUGGCAGUAGUAGUAGUAGUAGUUUAAAACGAGAUACAUUAAUGUCUUUGGCAGGCAUAAUAUCAACAACAAAAGCAGCUGCUGUUGACAAUAGUUUUAUGAAAAAUUCUACCAAUAGCCAUGUAUUGCAUACUACUGAUGAUGAGGAGAAGGAAAAUCUAUUGAAAAUACAACAUAAUUUCAAAGGCAAUAAUUCUUUAGCACAUGAAACUCUAGCAAUGAAACAAAUAUCACAAACAACAAUGAAAAUAACACCAACAACUACAACAAUAGCAUUAAAUAAAACAUCAUCAUCAUCAGCACUACCAUUUAAUGUAUCAGCAACACACUCUGUCACAUCAGCAGCAACCAUAUCAACAACAAAAGAAAUCUCUACAACAACAGUAACAACAUCAACGUCAAAAUCCACAUUAAGAACAACUACACGACGUCGCAAAAUUCCAACGACAACAUUAAAACCACCUCCUACUAUUGAUGACUAUCAAACAAUAACUAGCCAAGCUGGAACACAUGCUUAUUUACCUUGUAAUGUUAAACAAUUAGUUAAAAAACCCAUUUCAUGGCUACGUGUACGUGAUGGUCAUAUAUUAACAGUCGAUCAAACAACAUUUAUAGCCGAUCAGAGAUUUCAAUCCAUUUAUACUACCAAUCCGGAAAGAUGGUCAUUACAAAUAAAAUAUGUGCAAUUAAAAGAUGCAGGCAUAUAUGAAUGCCAAGUGUCCACCGAGCCAAAGGCAAGCGCUAUUAUUUAUCUGCAUGUUGUGGAACCGAAAACGGAAUUAAUCGGUGCACCCACACGGCAUGUUAAGGCCGGAAGUCAAGUGAAACUGUUGUGCAUAAUUAGUCAAGCUUUAGAGCCGCCAUUAUUCAUUAAUUGGUUUUAUAAUCAGAAACAAAUAUAUUUACAUAACCGUAAAGGAUGGCAUACAGAAAUUGAACGCAUUGAAUUGCCGCCGGAAACAACAACAACAACAACAACUACUACUACGACUACUACCACCACUACAACAACUACUACAGCGGCACCAACAACUACAACGACCACUUCAACAACAGUGCCAUCAUUAUCGUUAUCAUCAUCAACAUUAUCCUCGACUAGUUCAUCAAUGCUAAACGGAAGUGAAACUUCUGCAAUGCAUGUAUUUACAUCAAUAACACCACAGCAGUCAUUAAAUGAUGGUAAUCUUUUAGAAUUGGUGUCAGAAUCAACAUACAAUAACUACCCCAAUUUAAUACAACCUGAAGCCGCAUCAAUAUCAACUACACUAAAAACACAACAAACUCAUACAUCAGCAGCAACAACAAAUAAUACUAUGGUAACAAAAACAAAAGCAACACCAUCAGAGACAGAAUCGAUGGUGGCGGCAACAGCAACAACAACUACAUUGCCGUCAGCAAUGCCAGUAACUACAACAACAUUAUCUUUUGAUGAUGAUACCGACGAUAAUGACGGUAAUGUUGUUGUCGACGACGAUGAUGAGGAUGACUAUAAAACAAAUCCAUCGGCAACAACGUUUGAAACAGCUGAAGCAAUAGCAGCAGGAAGGGGCUACAUGAUGUUGUCAUCAUUGAUGACAUUUACUGAUGUUAAGCAGAUUACGACUGCUUCAUUAAUUAUACCAUCAGUACAAAAACAAGAUUCUGGAAAUUACACAUGCAGUCCAUCCAACAGUGAACCGCGUACAGUCAUACUACAUGUACUAAAUGGUGAGUAUGCUAAAUGCAAAUAUAUUUCUUCAUUGUAUGUGUACAUAUAA